AGGGAGGUGCAGAAGGGGGGUUGGAUAGUGACAGGAAGGAGGGAGAAAAAGGGUGGAACAGAAAACAGAAUUUAGAGGAUAGGGAGAGAGAAGCUGACAAUGAGGAUUACCUAGUAAAGGGAUAAAGUGGGAGAGAGUCACGUCAAGCGACGAUACAGAGAAAACAGAAAAGAGACUUGAUGGGCGCACAAUGAUCCCUCGGCAAAUGUGACAUGGACGGGUGGCCUUCCCAUUGAAUCUCGGUAACCAAGGAUGGAGCAUACAAUCCUAAUGCCAGCACUUCUAAAUCUGGAUGCUCUACUGGACCUGGUCAUCUGUGUAUGCCAUGAAUUGGCCACCUCUCCACUGGCGCAGGAGACGUACAUUGCGGAUUUUCUGCACUGGGCUGAACCAUUUGUGCAGAAUCUACGGGCACAGAGGAUGAAGAGAAGCGAUUUUGACAUUAUCAAGGUGAUUGGACGGGGAGCAUUUAGUGAGGUUGCAGUUGUGCGCAACAAAAGUAACGCUGAAGUCUAUGCCAUGAAGAUAAUGAACAAAUGGGACCUUCUGAAAAGAUCAGAUGUUGCCUGUUAUAGAGAAGAAAGAGACGUUUUGGUGAAUGGAGAUAAGAGGUGGAUAACACAGUUGCACUUUGCUUUUCAGGAUGACAAUUAUCUUUACGUCGUGAUGGAUUACUAUGUGGGGGGUGACCUGUUGUCCCUCCUCAGUAAGUUCCCAGAUGGAUUCCCUCCCCAAAUGGCGAUCUUUUACCUGGCUGAAAUGAUAAUGGCUGUCCAUUCUGUCCACACUCUGGGCUACAUACACAGGGAUAUCAAACCAGACAACAUGCUUUUAAACCGAUCAGGUCACAUCCAUCUUGGAGACUUUGGUUCAUGUUUGAAGCUCAGAGACGAUGGCACAGUAUCCUGUUCUGUUGCAGUGGGAACCCCUGACUACCUUUCCCCUGAAAUCCUUGUUGCCCUUGAAGACCAUCAUGUAUGUUAUGGCACGGAAUGUGACUGGUGGUCAAUAGGGGCUUGUGCCUACGAAAUGUUCUUCGGGCACCCUCCUUUUUAUGCUGAGUCUGUGGUGGAAACAUUUGGAAAGAUUCUUCAUUAUAAAGAGCACUUUAACUUUCCCGCCUCAGCCAAUGGUAUACCACCUGAGGCUUUAAACUUCAUCUCAUCUCUCAUCUGUGAGCGGGAGAACCGUUUGGGCAUUGGUGGACUCCAGGAUUUCCAGAUGCAUCCACUUUUUGCUGAAAUUGACUGGGGGGGUCUUAGGGACUGCAUGCCCCCCUUUAUCCCUGAGUCAGUGGGAGCCACAGACACCUCCAAUUUUGACAUUGUAGAAGAUCGGCUUUCAGAAAUGAUCAGCGGUGGAGGCGAGACAAUCUCGGAUGUUGGGGACAGCUCCCCUCUCGGAGUCAACCUCCCAUUUGUCGGUUACUCCUUUACAUUCAGGGAGGACAACAGGGAACAUGUUUGGGGAAACAUGAAAAACAUCUGUGAAUGCAAAUCAGUAUCAACAUCAUCAGACCAUCAGAAAAUAAACCGUAGAGAUGACUUGGACUCUUAUGUGGACCCCUCACUACUGUCUGAUCUACGUAGUGCUUUGCAAAGUGAGAUUGAAGCACGUGAGGCUUUGACCACUGAAAUUAACCUUCUUCAAACAGCCAAUCAGAGCCUGGCCAGUCGCCUUUAUGAAGCCGACCAGCUGAACUCUGAACUUCAGAGUAAAAUACUCUCAUUAGAGCAGCAAUUAAGAGAUAGAGAGGUACCACAGGACGAGGAGAGAGACAAAGUUUUCCUUCCCCGAAGAUGUGAAACCUGCAACCAGAACUCUGAACCUACCUCUAGGAUUAGACAACUAGAUAGCUGUAUCCCUUCCUAUUGCCACCCCUUAGUGACACCAGUUCACCGUCACAUGCUGCUCUUCUCGCGGGUACCUAAACCAAACUCAUCCUGGAUGGGAUACCUCUGGCACAUCUGGACUUGGCCCUUGACGUGGAUGAUGCCUCCUCUGCUCUGGGCAACAUCCUUGAGAUUUCACUUUCAGAGGCAGAACAAAUAAGGUUUACAUGUCUUGAGCAAUAUGAUGAUUCUCAGUGCCCCGAAACAGAUAUUGCUCUAUAGACAAUUCAGUGUGAAUUCAAUCUGAACCAGAUGGUUUUUUUUUUCUCACAAAUGUCUUAAAUAAGUCUGACACAGAAAUGUUUUUGCUGCAGUAUUCUGUGUUCAGUGAUGUGAGUUUUUAGGUAGAAUGACUAAAAUGAAUGCGUGUCAUAAUUCAAGUAGCUGGGUGCCAGAACCUUGGCCGUAGUUUUUCUGGCUCCCUAAUAUUUGAUAGACUGCGUUCUCUUGAAUGUAGAUUAAACACACAAGAUGGCCGACUCCACUGUGUGUAGGUGAUGUGCACUUUAAGGUUUAUGAUCACACUGUGAGUGUUCACUUAUGAUUUUUAACCAGAAUUUUUAGCUGCUGUGGAUAAGCUGCAUGACGUGUGAAUGUUUUCACUGUAGUUGAAGGUUUUCAUGGAAAAGCGCUGAGACCUCUGAAUGUUUUUAUGUACUUGAUGAUUUUUCCAUCUUUUAGAUUUUUUUUUUAGGAAUAAUUUUGCCUUAUAAACACUAUGUACAUCUCUACAA